GACGACUGCGCCGCCGCCGGCGCGGCACCAACAGGAAAGUCGAGUGGGCUCGCGAGACACCGCCGGAGCGCCACACGCGAACGCUCGCGGCGCGCCGCGCCCGCGCCGGGCAUGCCGACACUCGACCUCGACAAGGCCAUCGCGCAGCUGCGCAACUGCGACGUGCUCGACGAGAAUGAGGUGCGCGUGCUCUGCGAGAUGGCCAAGGAGAUCCUCGUCGACGAGAGCAACGUGCAGCGCGUGGACGCGCCCGUGACGAUCUGCGGCGACAUCCACGGCCAGUUCUACGACCUGCUGGAGCUGUUCCGCGUCGGCGGCGACUGCCCGGGGAGGAACUACCUCUUCCUCGGCGACUUCGUCGACCGCGGCCACUACUCCGUCGAGACCUUCCUGCUGUUGCUGGCGUUGAAGGUCCGGCACCCGGACCGCAUCACGCUGAUCCGCGGCAACCACGAGAGCCGCCAGAUCACGCAGGUCUACGGCUUCUACGACGAGUGCCUGCGAAAGUACGGUUCCGUCAACGUCUGGAAGUACUGCACGGAGGUCUUCGACUUCCUGAGCCUGUCGGCCAUCGUCGACGACAGCGUCUUCUGCGUCCACGGGGGCCUGAGCCCGUCCAUCAACACGCUCGACCAGAUCCGCACCAUCGACCGCAAGCAGGAGGUGCCGCACGACGGCGCGAUGUGCGAUCUGAUGUGGUCCGACCCGGAGGAGAUCGCGGGCUGGGGCCUCUCGCCGCGAGGCGCGGGCUACCUCUUCGGCGGCGACGUCGUCGAGAAGUUCAACGCCGCGAACCGGCUGACGUUGAUCGCGCGCGCGCACCAGCUCGUCAUGGAGGGCCACAAGCCCCUCUUCAACGCGACCCUGGUGACGGUCUGGUCCGCGCCGAACUACUGCUACCGCUGCGGCAACGUCGCCGCGAUCCUCGAGCUCGACGACGACCUCGGCCGCAACUUCCAGAUCUUCGAGGCCGCGGCCCAGGAGCUGCGCGGCGUGCCCCAGAAGAGCCCCGUGCCGGAGUACUUCCUGUAAUGCGGUGGGCGCUUGUG